AUGGCGCCAGAAGCAGCAUUCUCUAGCAUUAACGACAAGAAUGAGUUUACGAAAUUCACAAAGUUUCUGGCAUAUAAAGGGGUACAAGUUAUUGUAGAGUCCAGAAAGGGGGUUAAAAUAGAGCCAAAUAGCAAACCUAUAUCAUCAGACUCUGGUUGGUUCAAUCUACAAAUACCGGAUUCCCCGGAAGUUAAUCAAGCCACAAAAAAUGCCUUGCCUUCAGAUCGGGUUUUAGAGACCAUUCAGUCACGGUUACAUGUUGAAAUAUCAGUACAAACUGAAGAUGGUGAUGAAAUGGUGCUCGAAUUGUGGACUUUGCAUUUGGACGAGACAGAAUUUGAUACAUCAUUAAAAGCCAUGAACACAAUAUACAUAAGAAUGGGCAUACUUCUGAAGUCUCUUAUCACCAUCACGCGAAUGACUCCGGCUUACCAUUUGUCAAGGAAACAACGGUCCGAAUCUUUCACCAUUUUCUACAGAGUGUACAACGGCAAACCAAAAGUUAAAGCUUUAGGAACAUCAGUAAAGAAGAUGCAAACUGGCAUACUUAAAACACCUUUAGGCGGUAUUUAUUUCAAUGUCGUAUACAGAACUAACUUCUCUAUCACACCAAACAAGUGUCAAAACACUAGAACUCUCCUGUUAAAGAGUGACCAUUUUGAACUCAGCCCAAAGCACGUAAUAUUGGAAUCAAACAAGAAGAAAGAGUCUAAGAGUAAAGAGAAAAAGCCUGUCAAACCAAUUGACCUGACUAAGCCCCUACGCCAUGCGGCGUUCGUCGACGAAGUUCUACUCGAGAGGACUGUCAAGGGCUUUCUUACCAGAAUACCUGUGCCUAAGGGUCGUCCACAAUUUCGACCGAAAAGUCCGCCCAAAGAACAAGGCGUCGAAUCGAAAAGCACUCAAGAUUUAGACAUAGAUAUCAUCUCAAAAAGCCCAACGUCUUUUGAAAUGCCACCAAAGAAGUUCUCGGGCAUUCGUAGCGAGAAUGAACCGCCUUUAAAAUUGUUAUGCUUCCCCUUCGCUGAUAAUCACCCGAUUAGGGAAUUGGCUGAGUUCUACAAAGACUUCUUCAAUGCUCCACACUUGAAGCUCGCCGAUGACUUGAUUCGUUCCAAGUCAAAAAGCGCAGAAUCGGUGAAAGAAGAAACAGAGGAGGCUAACGAAGAUCUAGCCAAGGAUUUAGAGCUGUAUGAGAGUUCGGUGAUUGAAUUUGAUGAGCUACUAGCGGACAUGUGCCGAUCGGCCGAGUGGAGUGCGAACUGAUAGGAAGCUUAGAAGGGAAGACUGUUUUAAGACUGAUGUACAGUAUGGAAUGACUGGUUUUUGUUUUAUAUUAUUACGAUGGAUUAUUUGUCUAUUCUUUAAAAACUAUUUGACAUCUAUUUUUACUGAAAAUGAUACAAAAAUUUAAAAUUUGAUUUUAUUUUUUUGUAGUACAAUUAUACUACAUAUUUAAAAGAAUUUGUGACAUUCGUAAAUUUACAUGUAUCUGUAAAUAGUGUAAUUUAUAAGACAUAAAAUUUUAUGCUUGCUAUAUAGAUAGUUAAAAAAUGUCUGAUGAUUUUUAGUAUUUCUCAUAUAGAAAGUAACGCUUAUGAUUUUGGGCUUGAAUUGAUUAUUUUCUUAGUUUCUGCAUGACCAAUUUAAAACUUUCUGUAAAAUAAAUUAUUCUGUCGUGAAACGCCGAAUUCGUUAAAAUACUAUAGUAUUUUGGAACAAGACAAACUUAUGGAAUUUUCGUAGAAAACAGAACUGCUUCCAGCCAUAAAACACUAAACACACUGUUUCUUUCGUUUUUAUGUACGUGUAGUAGAUACUCUAGUAAAAACACUGAUUUUUGCUGUAAAAAAUACGUAAAAAACAACGUAAAGGACCUUUAAAGAAGAAAUAAAAAAAAAAAUUAUGAAUGUUUUUUCAUUUUCUUUUUAUUUUCUGGUUUUUACGCCCGUUAGUAUAGCAAUUUCUUAACAUUUUGUUUUUAUUAUAAGUCUUUACUUUCAAUAAACGUUUGAUCAGAAUAGAAUGCCAUUGUAAAAAUAUUAAAAUUAGCGGCACGAGAUGACAAGAAGAACAGGUAAAAAUUUUUCAGUUUAUUUAAACUGAUAUUUUUUAUUUAAAAAACAUGUAAAAACAUGAAUGUAGCAGAUAUAAAAUGUUCAAAUAUUAUUUUCAUAAUCAUCUUUCCAGAAGCAAUUAUUCAGUUUUGUAAAUACUAUACAAGUGUAUAUUGGGUUUUUUAUUGUGAUUAUAAAUUCUUUCUGUUAUGCUGUAUGUACCAAUUGAUUAUAUCUUAGAUAUUAGAUUAGAUAUGCGAAUGUUCCUUUACCAAUACAUUUUUGUUCUUUAAUUUUUAACUGUAAUUUAACUCGUAAAGAAGAACAGAUAUAUUGUCUUUGCCUCAAUCAAAAACUUAAGUAAACUCAGUCUUCAUAUUGCUGUAAAUUGGCACUAUUUUUAAGAGGUUUUUUGUUCUGGAAAUUAGGAUAGAUGUUAUUUUAACCGGCCUUGAAAAGAAGUGUGUUAUUGUAGAAAUAGGUAACUGGCUUUAAGAGAAAUCCUUAGAUAGUAUACUUCUGGAUGGAAGUGCAAGUGUCGGUCAUAACGUUUUUAAAAAAAACAAAUCGCACCAUUUCUCGGUACAGUAAGUGAUAACUAUAAUACUUUGGUAUCAAGCAAACGCUGACGAAUCGCGUAUGACUAUGCAGUGUUUAUGAUAUAAAUUCACUAACUCGAGAAUAAAAAAAAGUUGGUUGUUUUCGGCGAAGAGUUUGCACAGAUACACUGUCUAGAUGUUAUAUAUCUAAGGACAAAUUAUUGUAAUUCUGCAAAGUAGCUGUCUACUAUGUACAGUCGAGUCGUCAUGUUGCAGCACACUAUGUUUUAAAGUCAUCACAAUAAUUUGUCUAGAUAAUUGAUAAAAAAAAGUUUACUCAUCCGCCUUUUAAUUGUAAUUUUACCGCCAAGUUUUUAAAAAUAGAAUAAACUAAUUGAAAUCGUAAAAAAAAAUGGGUUAUCUAGUUGUCUUUUAUUCUUAAAAAUGGUUAUUUUAAACACAUGGGUGAUUGCAGUGUGUAGUCUUUUUUAUUUAACUUAUGGGACAUUGCUUUUGAGGAUUGCAAUAUUUUUCCUUAAGACCUGCUAAAUAAAAUGUUUAUUUUUUGGACUUAGUUUUUAUUCAUAUAAAAUAUUAUGUUCAUAUCAUUUUUGUAGCUGGUUUAAUUCAAAUAUAUUCGUUCAAGUGA